AUGUCACAAUCAAGAAAGAGACAAGCAGAAAGUGAUAACGAUGAUGAUUUGAAUUCAGGUUAUGCUUCAUCUCAUCAAAGUGGGAACUCUCCAAGACAAAGCGGUUUAUUACCAUCUUCCCCAGGUGCUUUACCAUUUGAUGAUGCUGAUGAUGAUAGAAGAGAAUUAGAAUUAGAUGAUUUUGAUGAACGUAUUGAAGAUGAAGAAGAUGGAGUUGAUUUAAUGGAUAAUUUCGAACGUGAUUAUAGAGAAAAUGCUGAAGAAGAUCAUUAUGAUUUAGGUGAUAAUAUUGAUGAUGAUGUUGUUGAUACUAAUGAUCUUGGUGAUUAUAAUGCCGUUACAAGACAAUUGAAUAGAAGAGAUGAAUUUUUACAAGGUAAUCAUGAAUUCUUGGAUGAUGGUGAUGAUGAUAGAAAUGCCCAAUUUAGAAGAAGAAGACGUAAUAUUUAUGAUGAAGAUCAAGAUAUGGGUGAUGAUGGUGAUAUCGAUCCUUUAGAAGAAGAAUUAACAUUAGAAUCAUUAGCUGAUGUUAAAGCACAAAGUUUAACAGAAUGGGUUACACAACCAAAUGUUUCAAGAACUAUUAGAAGAGAAUUAAAAUCAUUCUUAUUAGAAUAUACUGAUGAAAAUGGUAAAUCUGUUUAUGGUGCAAGAAUUAGAACACUUGGUGAAGUCAAUAGUGAAAGUUUAGAAGUUAGUUAUAAUCAUUUAGUUGAAUCUAAAGCUAUCUUGGCCAUGUUUUUAGCUUAUUGUCCAGAAGAAAUGUUGAAAAUUUUCGAUGUUGUUGCAAUGGAAGCUACAGAAUUACAUUAUCCAGAUUAUUCACAAAUUCAUUCAGAAAUUCAUGUUAGAAUUUCAGAUUUCCCAACAGUUUCUACAUUAAGAGAAUUAAGAGAAGGUAAUUUAAAUACACUUGUUAGAGUUUCAGGUGUUGUCACAAGAAGAACAGGUGUCUUCCCACAAUUGAAAUAUGUUAAAUUUGAUUGUUUAAAAUGUAAUUCUGUUUUAGGUCCAUUUUUCCAAGAUGCAAAUUCAGAAGUUAAAAUUUCAUUUUGUUCAAAUUGUAAAAGUAAAGGUCCAUUUAGAAUGAAUUCAGAGAAAACAUUAUAUAGAAAUUAUCAAAGAGUUACUUUACAAGAAGCUCCAGGUACUGUUCCAGCUGGUAGAUUACCACGUCAUAGAGAAGUUAUUUUAUUAUGGGAUCUUGUUGAUGUUGCUAAACCAGGUGAAGAAAUUGAAGUUACAGGUGUUUAUAAAAAUUCAUUUGAUGGUAAUUUAAAUGUUAAAAAUGGGUUCCCAGUUUUCGCUACAAUCAUUGAAGCAAACGCAGUUAGAAGAAGAGAAGGUGCACAAAAAGCAAUGAAUGGUGAAAUUGAUCAAGGUUUAGAUAUUUUCAGUUGGACAGAAGAAGAAGAACGUGAAUUUAGAAAAUUAUCAAGAGAACGUGGUGUUAUUGAAAAAAUCAUUUCAUCAGUUGCACCAUCUAUUUAUGGUCAUAAAGAUAUUAAAACUGCAAUUGCUUGUUCAUUAUUUGGUGGUGUUCCUAAAAAUGUUAAUGGUAAACAUUCAAUUAGAGGUGAUAUUAAUGUUUUAUUAUUAGGUGAUCCAGGUACAGCAAAAUCUCAAAUUUUAAAAUAUGUUGAAAAAACUGCACAAAGAGCAGUUUUCGCUACAGGUCAAGGUGCUUCUGCAGUGGGGUUAACUGCAUCAGUUAGAAAAGAUGCAAUUACUAAAGAAUGGACUUUAGAAGGUGGUGCAUUAGUUUUAGCAGAUAAAGGUACUUGUUUAAUUGAUGAAUUUGAUAAGAUGAAUGAUCAAGAUAGAACAUCUAUUCAUGAAGCUAUGGAACAACAAAGUAUUUCUAUUUCAAAAGCUGGUAUUGUGACAUCUCUACAGGCUAGAUGUGCCAUUAUUGCAGCUGCAAAUCCUAAUGGUGGUAAAUAUAAUUCAACAUUACCAUUAUCACAAAAUGUUGAUCUUACAGAACCUAUUUUGUCACGUUUUGAUAUUUUAUGUGUUGUUAAAGAUGUUGUCAAUGCAGCAUCAGAUGAAAGAUUAGCAAGAUUCGUUAUUGAUUCACAUGUUAGAUCUAAUAGAUCUAUUGAUGAUGAAGAAGAUGAGGAAGUUGAUGAAGAUGAAGAAGAUGAAGAAAUGAAUGAUACACAACAAGAUACACCAAUUCAUGCAAGUAGGAAAAAUCAAAGAAGAAAUAAAAUUUCACAAUUAAAUAAACAAAAAGAAAAUGAAAUUUCACCAAUUCCACAAGAUUUUUUAAUGAAAUAUAUUCAUUAUGCAAGAACUAAAAUUCAACCAAAAUUACAUCAAAUUGAUAAUGAUAAAAUUGCAAGAUUAUAUAGUGAUUUACGUCGUGAAAGUAUAACAACAGGUUCAUUUCCAAUUACAGUUCGUCAUUUAGAAUCUGUUAUUAGAACAGCUGAAGCAUUUGCCAAAAUGAGAUUAUCAGAAUUUGUUUCACAAAUGGAUGUUGAUCGUGCAAUUAAAGUUAGUAUUGAUAGUUUUGUUGGUGCACAAAAAUUAAGUGUUCAAAAACAAUUGAAUAGAAGUUUCCAAAAAUAUAAUUUGGAACGUCAAAAAUUAUAA